ACGCGACUGUUUGGAGAAGAAGCCGAAUCGCGAGCUUUUCGUUUUCGCAGGACCUUCUCCCUACAAAAAUCCCUUUUGGCGGGCUAUUUCCGAACCCCAUUUUCUAGGGUUUUUUACGAACCCCCGCGCGGCUCUCCCCUCCUCUUCCCCGACUCUCCUCGGUUUAGAGCUAGCAAAUAGAUGCUUGAUGCGGCUGGGUGUGUUUUAUUAUCUGCUUGUAUCCAUAGAUUCCGCCGGUUUCUUGCUCAAUGCUUAAAUUUCUGGUUUUUUGGAUGUAAAAUUAUCUAUUUUGGCAAGUAGUUCACUCAAAGAAGGGUUUUUGAUUCCGAGCUAGCAGUUUAGUCAAGCUUGGGAUUGGCUUUAGGAGAUGGAAGUAGCUUCGAAUAUAAGCAAGCGGAAAGCAUCGGGGCGAGAGUCUGAAAACCAAACCGCACCCUGCGAUGAUCCGUCGAAGGUUGAAUCUGUCCCGAAGAAAAGGAAUCUCUCCCGCACAUGUAUUCACGAGGUUGCCGUCCCGCAUAAUUACACUUCCUUGAACGAUGAGUCCAUCCACGGAACCCUCUAUGACCCUGUCUACAAUCGGAAGAUGGCUAAGACCUACCCAUUUGAAUUAGACCCGUUUCAAAGCGUAUCCGUCGCUUGCCUGGAGAGGAAGGAGUCGGUCUUAGUCUCCGCGCACACUUCGGCCGGAAAGACCGCAAUAGCUGAAUAUGCUGUUGCAAUGUCCUUCAGAGAUAAGCAGAGGGUUAUCUAUACUUCUCCUUUAAAGGCUCUGAGCAAUCAGAAGUACAGAGAACUUAGUCAGGAGUUCUCUGACGUCGGCUUGAUGACUGGUGAUGUAACCCUAGCACCGAACGCAAGUUGCUUGGUGAUGACUACUGAGAUUUUACGAGGAAUGCUUUAUAGGGGUUCUGAGGUGAUAAAGGAAGUUGCAUGGGUUAUAUUUGAUGAGAUUCACUACAUGAAAGACCGUGAGAGAGGGGUGGUAUGGGAAGAAACUAUAAUAUUCUUGCCUCCUGCAAUAAAGAUGGUUUUUCUUUCUGCCACUAUGUCGAAUGCGACCGAGUUCGCUGAGUGGAUAUGCAAAUUGCACAAGCAACCUUGUCAUGUGGUUUACACAGACUUCAGGCCUACACCAUUGCAACACUAUGUGUUCCCCAUGGGUGGAGCUGGUCUGUACCUUGUGGUGGAUGAGCACGAGCAGUUUAAAGAGGAUAAUUUUAUGAAGCUUCAAGAGACAUUCACAAAGCAAAAGAGUCAGGCAGAUGGGAAUAGGAGCGGCGGGCCUAAAACCAGUGCUCGGAUUGCAAAGGGUGGAAGUGCUUCUGGAAACUCUGACAUCUAUAAAAUUGUGAAGAUGAUCAUGGAGCGGAAAUUUCAACCAGUGAUUAUUUUCAGCUUCAGUAGAAGAGAGUGUGAACAACAUGCCAUGUCGAUGGCAAAGCUUGACUUUAACACCCAAGACGAGAAAGUUAUUGUGGAGCAGGUUUUCAGGAACGCCGUGUUCUGUCUAAGUGAAGAAGAUAGAACUUUGCCAGCAAUCGAGUUAAUGUUGCCUCUUCUUCAGCGAGGUAUUGCAGUGCACCAUUCUGGACUGCUUCCAAUUAUAAAGGAGCUGGUGGAGCUUCUUUUCCAGGAAGGCCUUGUAAAAGCCCUUUUCGCCACUGAAACAUUUGCUAUGGGGUUGAAUAUGCCUGCAAAAACGGUUGUUUUUACGUCUGUGAAGAAGUGGGAUGGUGAUACUAAUCGCUACAUUGGAUCUGGAGAAUACAUUCAGAUGAGUGGGAGAGCCGGUCGCCGUGGCAAAGAUGAGCGUGGAAUUUGUGUUAUAAUGAUUGAUGAGAAGAUGGAAAUGAGUGUUCUCAAGGACAUGGUUUUAGGAAAACCUGCUCCUUUAGUCAGUACUUUCAGGUUAAGCUAUUAUUCUAUCUUGAAUCUAAUGAGUCGUGCAGAGGGUCAAUUUACUGCUGAGCACGUUAUCAGAAAUUCAUUCCACCAGUUUCAGUAUGAGAAGGCAUUGCCGGAAAUGGCACAAAAGAUUUCUAGGUUGGAGAAAGAAGCUACUUUACUUGAUUCUUCUGGCGAGGCUGAACUUGCUGAAUACCACAACCUUUGUUUGGACAUAGCUCAGUUUGAGAAGAAGAUUAUUUCUGAGAUUAUCAGACCAGAAAGGGUAUUGCUAUACUUGGUUCCUGGCAGGCUGGUUAAAGUACGGGAUGGUGUGACAGAGUGGGGCUGGGGAGUGGUGGUAAACGUGGUGAAGAGGCCCCCUGCACCGUCUGGCACACUGCCCUCGGCGCUGGCAGCUUCUCGGAGUAUCAAUUACAUCGUGGAUAUAUUACUCCAGUGCUCUCUCGUUUCAAAUGAGAACGGUUCGCGCCAAAAGCCAUGCCCGCCUCGUCCAGGGGAAAAGGGCGAAAUGCACGUGAUUCCUGUACCAUUGCCUCUACUUGCUGGCCUUAGCAGUAUAAGAAUUGCAAUCCCUCCUGAUCUCCGACCGCCAGAAGCAAGACAAACUGUGUUGCUUGCGGUGCACGAGCUGGGAAAGCGUUACCCUCAAGGACUUCCGAAGCUGCAUCCAGUGAAAGAUAUGGGCAUUGAAGAGCCAGAAAUUGUUGACUUAGUUCGUCGUGUUGAAGAACUUGAGCAGAAAUUGUGUGCUCAUCCACUGCAUAAGUCCGCUCAAAGUGAGCAACAUCUGAAAUGGUACCAACGAAAAGCUGAGCUAAAUCAUGAAAUCCAACAACUAAAAUCAAAGAUGCGUGAGUCACAGCUACAAAAGUUUCGUGAUGAACUUAAAAAUCGUUCUCGAGUUCUAAAGAUGCUCGGCCAUAUUAAUGCUGAUGGUGUUCUCCAGUUAAAAGGGCGCGCUGCUUGUUUAAUAGACACAGGGGAUGAACUUCUUGUCACUGAGCUGAUGUUUAACGGUACAUUUAACGAUCUCGAUCAUCAUCAAGUGGCUGCUCUUGCUAGCUGCUUUAUACCUUGUGAUAAGUCUAAUGAGCAAAUACACUUGCGAAGUGAGCUUGCAAAGCCUUUGCAACAACUUCAGGAUGCUGCAAGAAGAAUUGCAGAGAUACAACGUGAUUGCAAGCUAGACAUAAAUGUGGAGGAAUACGUGGAGUCAACUAUUAGACCAUACUUAAUGGAUGUUAUCUAUUGCUGGUCAAAGGGGGCAUCAUUUGCCGAGGUAAUUGAAAUGACAGAUAUUUUUGAAGGAAGCAUUAUACGCCUUGCGAGAAGACUGGAUGAGUUUCUAAAUCAGUUGCGAGCUGCUGCUCAUGCUGUGGGAGAGACUAAUCUGGAGGAGAAGUUUGCGGCAGGUAGCGAGAGUCUUCGAAGGGGUAUCAUGUUUGCCAACUCCCUCUACUUAUGAUCUCUGAAAGUAGUUAAAAAAAGGUUUUCGAUACUUGACGCCCUUCUCUUGUGGUCCAAUGUUUUGUAUUUUCGGCAACUUAGUUGUUCCAGUAGUAGUUUGCUUUUCUUGCAUCUUUCUCUCCAUCAUGGGCUAACCAAUCUGUUCUUGCUAAUUGCAUCUGUACAUAAUGUUCAUUAGAGAGUUCCUUUUUUCUGUCUCCUUAGGGGCUGUUUGGUUUAUUGGAAAAGUAUGGAAAAAAGUUUUCCAAGGAAAAAAGUUUUCAUGAUAAACUUCUUUUUUUUUUUUUUUUUCAAUUUUUUGCCUAUUUGGUUUGAAGGAAAACAAACGUUUUUGAAAAUAUUUUUUUUCAUAUUUCAUGGAAAACUAGCAUUUUCGUUUUCCGGUUUUGAGAAACGAAAUCACUAGUUUUGCAUAAAAUCCAGAGAGAAAUUUUGUAUAAAAUCUUGUUUUCCUUAGAACGAAAUGGACGGAAAACUUCAAAAAAAAAAGAAGAGGGUUUCACAUGGAAAACUUUGUUUUUUUGAAUUUUUUUCCCACGCUUUUCUGAGGAAUAAAACAGCCCCGCACCGUCUACAAAUUAAUGUUGAACUUUGGUUAGUGUUCUUUUGAA